AUGGUAGCACUGAUGAACUGUCCGCUCCAUGAGAUCAAUAGAAUGAGCUCUAAAAUCGAUACCUUGAAUGAUCUACCAAUGCAUCAACAUCAUGUCGGUCCAAAGGAUAAUAUAUACAUCUCCAUCCAGGAGCAGGGUGAGGCUUACGACGGAAUCACUUGGCGUCCCGAUAUCGGAAUUCUCAAUGAACUUGCUCAUUUGCCCUCGCAACUCAACUUGAACAUUGUCCUCACCCCAAAGGACAAGAAUGCUAUCAAGAGCUUACCGUUCAAUGACGAGGCCGCUGCCGUAACGGCGCAGAGCUUCGCCGUCCAAAUUACUGGAUGGCGGCUUGUCGAUCAUGCUGGUCGGCCUUCGUUUGCCGCGGUCAGAGAUUCGAUUCCUAUCAAAUUGCUUUGUCCCUCAUCCUACACCCGUCAGACUCUCGAACGCGGAUUGCCCGGGCAAUUGAGGAUCAAGACGACCAACCUAGCCGAGUUUCCAUAA